UACAUACAUUAAUUUAUUACAUAACAGUUAAACUGAUACAAUAUUCCUUUCUUUUAAAAAGGAAAUGAUAAAAAAAAACAGCAAUGUUUAAUAUCACGAACUGCAGUACAAUAGCACAACAUUAUUUAGAUCCAUUUAUCAAUAUAACUGGAAUUAUAAAAUGCAUUUCGUUGUCUCUGUACUGUACACUGACAAUGACAAUUAAAUUGAAUCUGAAUCUGAAUUAUAAAGACCAAACUAAUAAAUUCGACUUUAAAUGUAAAAGGGCAAAUUGAUAAACCAGUGACCCGAAACGUCACCUAUUCCUUCUCUCCGCAGAUGCAGCCUGUCCCGCUGGGUUUACUCCAGCUUUUUUGUGUGUGUCUUCGGUUGAAACCAGCAUCGGCAGUUCCUUCUUCCUACACUGUUUGCAGGACGCGUUUGUGGAGGAUGAGGGCGGCGUGAGUGAGCAAGCGGGACGCCUGCGGCACUGAGACCUGGAGGCAGCUCUGGUGCGCGCGCGCCGAGCCGAGCUGAGCCGAGCCGAGCCGCAGAGUUGCCCCCGCUCUGCUCCCUCUGCUGCUGCUGCUGCUGCUGCUGCACACUGCGGCUCAGCUCAGCCCUCAUCCCCGCUGCUGCUGCUGAACGCCAACACACCAGCAGCCGUCCGCUCUGAAGACUGGUCUCCCACACUUGCAUUGCAACAUUCAAGCGUUGCUUCAACCGGAGAUCUCUUUCUUCCUGCGUUUUAGAGAGCGAGAGGCAGCAACGCGUCUGCACAGCCGGCGUCUAUCUAAUGUAAUCCCCCUCCCCUCCCCUUCCUCCCGAACCCGAAGACACGAGAAGCCCCCGCCAGCAUCGCAUCGCUGUUUCCGCUCCAGCUGUCAAGCCGGGUUUGGAGCUGCAUCCGACCGAAUUGCUCUGUCUCUGUCUCUGUCUCUGUCUCUGUCUCUGCGCUGCAGCUGCAGCUGACCGUGAACCAGAGCGGACGAGUCCAGCAUCCUGCCGACACCGUUGCAUCUCCGCCGCCUCUCCGCUGCUCCCUACUACAUCACUUGACUCAUCCAUCCCCGGCAGCUCGGAGGAGGCCGAGGUUGGGCUGCGUUCGCACACAACGAAACCUCUUCGGGUCUUCCUUCCAUCCUGGACAUCGUCGACAUCGUCAAGCUCACCAACAGUGAUGUAGAAUGUGAAGAGAGACCCUCCAUCCUGGAUCCACGGCUGAAGGACACUCACACAUUGUAUUUGGUGAUCAAGGCAUCUUCCUGCCAUUACUCUGCAUUUCUCCUCUAAGAAACAAUAGCAUAUUAACAUUAUUUGAAAUUUAAAGCCACAAUAGGAUCAUUAAAAGUGAUUUUGUAUGUAAUUUAGGGGAAGGUGGUGUUUUAGCUGAAUCAGAGCUGUCAUACAAAAAGGGAUUAGGGUUAUCAGCAGCGUGACAGUAAUCACAUUUUUUUUAUUAUAUAUAAUUUUUUGUUUUAAUUUUUCUUUUUGCUAUUAAUUAUGUCACAUGAUCGGAGUAUUGAGUUGGAGCAUUUUGAGGAGAGAAGCCGGGGUCACCGGUCAUCUCGGCGUGGAAGUGGUAGCGGAGGAGGAGGAGGUGGUGGUGGUGGUGGAGGCAGUGGAGGUGGCGGUGGAGGAGUGGCAAGCUCCCGAGGAAAUGGUUUACCCAGUCCUGCCCACAGCGCCCACUGCAGUUUUUACCGAACCCGGACUCUGCAAGCACUCAGCCAGGAAAAGAAAGCCAAAAAAGUCCGCUUCUACCGGAAUGGGGACCGCUACUUUAAAGGGCUUGUGUAUGCUGUCUCCCAGGACAGGUUCAGGUCCUUGGAUGCUCUGCUGAUGGAACUGACAAAAUCUCUCUCAGAUAACGUCAACUUGCCCCAAGGAGUCAGAGCCAUUUACACUAUCGAUGGGAAUAAGAAGAUCGACAAUCUGGAUGAUCUACUGGAAGGUGAAAGCUAUGUCUGUGCAUCCAAUGAACCAUUCCGUAAAGUGGACUAUGCUAAGAAUGUUAAUCCAAACUGGUCUGUCAACAUCAAGUCAGGAACAUCCCGCUCUCUCUCAUCACUGACAAUAAGGGGUGAAGGAAAAGACACCAAGGAUUUUGUCAGGCCUAAACUGGUGACGGUUAUCCGUAGUGGUGUAAAACCACGCAAAGCAGUAAGGAUACUUCUGAACAAGAAGACGGCACAUUCAUUCGACCAGGUUUUAAAUGACAUUACAGAUGCCAUAAAGUUAGAUUCUGGUGCAGUCAGAAGGCUCUACACACUUGAUGGAAAGCAGAUUAUUUGCCUGCAGGAUUUCUUUGGCGAUGACGAUGUCUUUGUCGCAUGUGGUCCGGAGAAGUACCGAUAUGCCCAGGAUGACUUUUUGCUGGACAGUAGCGAGUGUCGUGUCAUGAAAUCAUCCUACUCCCGUUCUGGUAGUACCUCACGCCAUUCUGGAUCCAAAAGCCCUGGGUUGUCUCGUAGAAGCAGGUCUCCAGCAUCAGUUAAAAGAGGAGGUUACUACACUGCAUAUUCUCCGGUCAAAUCCCCAGUGAAUGGAACCCCAAGCAGUCAACUAUCAACACCCAAAUCCAUUAAAUCAUCCAGUUCUUCACCGACCAGCCCCGGCAGCUUGAGAGCUCACAAGGUUCCCUGUUCAUCAACAAGACUGCCUUCUACCACUUUGAUAAGUCACCAGAUAGGACUAUCCACAAAUGCAAAUGGAGUACCACAGCAAGCCAAUGGCAUAAGUCCUGAUGGUCUGAAUGGGAAUAGAUCCUUUCCAGUUUCGACAAUUCUCGAUAAGUAUAAAGUUGGGAAGGUGAUUGGAGAUGGGAAUUUUGCAGUCGUUAAAGAAUGUGUGGAGAGAUCCAGUGGCAAAGAGUUUGCAUUGAAGAUAAUUGACAAGGGCAAGUGCAGUGGUAAGGCUGAAGAACGAGGGAUUACAGAGCCAGAGAUCCCUGAAAGCAACAGGAGAGAUGAUGAGGAGCAUUUAAUUGAAAACGAGGUGGCAGUCCUACGGAAGGUUAAGCAUCCUAAUAUCAUCAUGUUAAUUGAAGAGAUGGAUACACCAACAGAACUCUACUUGGUCAUGGAACUCGUCAAGGGUGGAGAUCUUUUUGAUGCCAUAACGUCAUCGACCAAGUACACUGAACGAGAUGCCAGUGCAAUGAUGUACAACCUGGCUUCUGCUCUCAAAUAUCUCCACAGUCUUAACAUUGUGCACAGAGACAUCAAGCCAGAGAACCUGUUGGUGUGUGAAUAUGUAGAUGGAACCAAGUCCUUGAAACUGGGUGAUUUUGGCCUGGCGACUGUGGUAGAUGGGCCCCUGUAUACAGUUUGUGGAACACCAACGUAUGUUGCUCCAGAAAUCAUUGCAGAGAGGGGAUAUGGCUUGAAGGUUGACAUUUGGGCAGCAGGCGUCAUUACGUACAUCCUCCUGUGUGGCUUCCCCCCAUUCCGCAGUGAAAACAACGUGCAGGAGGACCUGUUUGACCAGAUUCUUGUUGGCCGCCUAAAAUUUCCAUCUCCUUACUGGGACAAUAUCACGGGCUCUGCUAAAGAAUUGAUUAGCCGAAUGCUGCAGGUGAAUAUUGAGUCACGCUACACAGCUGAGAAAGUUCUGACUCAUCCGUGGGUGGCUGAUGAUAUGGCACAAGAGCAAGACAUGCAGAUGGCAGUAACUGGCAAAUUAAGAAAGCACUUUAAUCCAGCAGCAAAGCAGAAUAACACUACAGCAGGCGUCAGCGUAAUUAUGUACACAGCUCUCGAUAAAGAAAGUCAGAUAUUCAGUGGUAAGCCCCAGCGAGAUAUUGAAGGAGUUGGUAUGGUGCCGACAUCUCAACCCUGUCCGGAUGAAGAUCCCUCCGUGUCUGGGUCCAUGACCUGUCCCACUCAUUCAUCUGUGUCAAUGCUGGCCCCUGCACCUCCUGUCUGAGCAUGCUCUGCCGGCCUGCUACAAGGAAAUUAACGCAUUGUGCUUUCUACAAGCAUGGUAUUUUCUUAUUUAUUUUUAAAAAAAAACCUCUUUAAAGCAACUCAAAUUUAAAGAGAACCACAUUGAGUUAGUUUUCAACAAACUUGCUUGUAAAUUGUUGGUUUUGUGUCAAAAUGCUAUCCGCCACUCUCCAUUAGCCUGCGAACUGCAUGAGGGAGUUGGGAUUUCUCAGCAACAAAUGUGGGAGUGAGAUUGAGGUCUGAUACGAGAGGCUGUGAGUGAGGUUUGACACAAAUUUAGGCGCUGUGUUACCAAACUGUUUUUCGAAUGAUACUUCCACCUUUCAAACCCUCAUCAAGUAAACCUCUUAUUCGAUUGAGUUUAAACACUGUGCUGUUCAAUAAAUUAAUUGUAUCUUCUUACGGGAUGAAGGAGAGAAUCCUACGGCUGGAAAUAGUUCUCAUCUCCUUAUUGGGUUUAACAGGGUUGCUUUAUUCCUACUGUGACUUGCUUCUCCCGCCAUAGCUCCAGCAGAUUCUUUGCAGAUCCUCAGCCAGAGAAAGGCAAACACAGUUUUUCUCAGUACAAGUAGUAGUGCCAUUUCCCCUGGGGGUCACUCACUACUGGUUUCCUGCUCGGAGAAGUUCCCAGCAAGUUUCAGAAUCACUCAUUAGAGAGCCAGUUUGAAUAGAGAAAUUACCGUUCUUCAUUGGGGGCAGUACCUGAUAUAUUAGCAAUCCUUCAUAUAUAUGUGGCUACUGAUCUGACACGGAUGAGGAAAUCCUAGUUCUAAAUUAGAACAUAAUCUGGUCAUUUGAGACGGCUUCUAAUUUGGAAACAGCAAUCUUAAAUAGACAAAUUGUCUUUCAUUGUAACAGUUUUUCCUAAUAAUGUGUUAGAAAAUGCAGAGCAGGCGUCAUGGCACUGGAUUGCAGACCAAUUACAAAACGUUGAAAUGCUUAGGAAGGACAUAAAACAGCAGAGACAAUGAUCAUGUGUAAAAUUGAGUGCUUGGCAGUCUUAGACCCCCUCGUGUCCGCAAUAUGCACCUUUGUCAUAUGAUUAUACCUCAGCUCAUUGAGGACCAUUCAGCCCAUUGAAACAGGUCUGUUCAACUCACUGGGCUCAAUCAUCAUCCAUCACCAGGAGAAGAAAUGUGGUCACUGUCAGAUUCUUUGCCGAUCCUCAGCAAGAGAAAGUCAAACACAGCUUUUCUCUGUAGGUGCGCCAUUGCUUAUUUGUGUAUUGAGCCAUCAUUUCUACUGAGUAUAUCAAAUUCCUCGUGCUUGAGGAAUCUGCUUCAGUAUAUUCCAGUGUAGCUCACGCAAGUAUCCAAGCAAGAGUCUCAGGUAUGAAUGAGAGAAGGUUGUAGCCAAUAAAAGGCAGGGCUCCCAGAGCAGAUAUUUUACAAGCCUCCCAAACGUGAUUAGUUCAGCAAACAAUCAAUGAGGUCCAUGUAUAAGUAU